AUGACGGACGAGGAGCCGACGAUCUCAAUCUCGAAGCUAAUCGGCUCGGCGAAUCGCGAGAAAAUGAGCAGGAAACUCGGCGAGCUCGAGGUUCAAAUGCCCGGUUUUCGACAGCUAAUCGGCGGAUUUCAGAAGAAGGUGGCGUCGUCGACUAGCGAUUCUUUGCCAAAAUCCAAUAUUCAGCUUCAAAUCGACAAAUUCAAUGAGAUCGACAACAACAACAACAAUAACAGCAACAAGACGCGACGGAUGUCAUUGGUGCACACCAGCAGCAAAAACGAUAUGGUGCGAUUGUUGAAUCUCGAGAAUAAGCGGCUUCGCGCCGAACUCGACGACUACAAAAAUUCGACGAUCACAAAGAAGGAGCACGACAGGAGGAUUGUGCAAAUUGCCGAUCGAUGUAAAAAAGAGCUGCAGGAGCUCAAAAGCGAGUUCAACGAGAAGCUCAUCGAGAAGGAUCGGAUCAUUCGCGAGCAGCACAACGAGCUGGUCGACCUCAAGGGACAAAUUCGGGUAGCCGUCAGGAUUCGUGAUUCCUUAUCGAAAAUUGUAUGCUGCAAAUCGGAGGUCCGUUUGGAUCCCAAUGGACAGCCUUAUCAAUUCGAGCACGUCUUCGCGCCGACAUUGAAGCAACUCGACGUCUUCAAAGAGAUCAAAGAGCUCAUCCAGAGUGUGCUCCAUGGCUACAACGUGUGUCUGGUCGCCUACGGGCCAACGGGAAGCGGCAAGACGUUCACGAUGUUCGGCGAGUCCGACAAUGAAGGUGUCGUGCCGCGUUCGAUUCGUUUCCUACUCGAGCAGUCAUCCAAGGAUCUCGCCGACAUCGGAUGGCAGUUUCGAUUCUCGGCCUCCUACGUCGAAGUCUACAAUGAAGAGGUGUUCGAUCUUCUCGACGAUCGCAAAAAACUCAAAAUCGCUAUCGGAAGCGCGCCGAGCGUCAAAAAGUUGCCGAUUCGAUGUCUCGAAGACGUCGACGUGAUACUCGCGCACGCCGGCGAUCAUCGUUCGACAGCGGCGACCGGCUGCAACGAGUUGUCGUCGCGCUCGCACGCGCUAUUCGACGUCCACGUCGAAUCGAUCAACUCGACGACCGGCGAGAACGCGAAGUGCACACUGACGCUCGUCGAUCUCGCUGGAUCGGAGCGCGUUCGCGAUUGCGGCGCCACCGGCGAACGAUUCGUCGAGCUCACCAACAUCAAUCAAUCGUUGACGACACUGAAGAAGUGCAUUCGGGCGCAAAUGAUGAGGUCGUCGCACGUGCCGUUUCGCGAGAGCAAACUCACCGCACUGCUGAGGCUGUUCCUCGGCAAUGGCUCGGCGAAGACGAUGUUCAUUGCGCAUCUGAAUCCGUCGGACGUCGCCGAGACGAAACGGACGCUCGAGUUCACCGCAGAGUUACGAUCGACGAGUGUUGGAAGAGCUCAAGUACAAAGGAAGGAAGUCUGA